CUGCGCUGCUGUCACCAUUCACGGCAUUCACGUACGUGGUGUUGGUAGGUUUUUGUGAUUGUGGUCGAGGUUUUCUUCUUUGGCGUGCGCAUACACCUGAAACCCAAAUACAAGUGAUCGGCAUCCAGGCACACCGUUCAAUGGAAUAUUUCCACGGGAUUGUUAAACGAGUGAAUCAACUGCGAUACCGACGGACAACCAGUGCAGUGUGCCUUUAAACCCGUUCCUAGCUCGUUCGCAACGUGCGGAAAGUAGCCUCGGCCCCGACAAAAGCCUAGCCGAACCACAAAACACGGCCCAGCGAUGGGCGGGCAGAAAUUUCAGUACGACGAGAGUGGUGGAACCUUCUUCUACUUUAUACUCUCGUUUCUGGCACUGAUCCUGGUGCCGACCACGUUCUACUUUUGGCCACGGAAGAAAAAGGAAGAUCCCACCACAAAGGAGGAAAAUUGUUACUGCGAAGGAUGCGUGCGGAAACGAGUCACCAUGGAACAUUCCGACCCGUACAAGGGCACCAAGGAGCUGCUGGUGAAGCUGUCGAUCGUGGCCGGCUGGUUGCUGCUCGCCUUCCUCACCUACAAGGUGUCCCAGUUCGAUUACGAAAUGUCCAACUUUGAUCCGUACGAGAUUCUGGGCGUCCCGCUCGGUUCGUCCCAGAAGGACAUAAAGAAAGCGUACCGAACGCUCUCCGUCAUUCUGCAUCCGGACAAGGAAACGGGUGACGAGAAAGCGUUCAUGAAGCUUACGAAAGCGUACCAAGCGUUGACGGACGAUGAGGCACGGAAGAACUGGGAAAAGUACGGCAACCCGGACGGUCCUGGUGCGACGUCGUUCGGCAUUGCGCUGCCUUCUUGGAUCGUUGAGAAGGAAAACUCGGUAUGGGUGCUUGGAUUGUAUGCGCUAGUGUUUAUGGUGGCGUUGCCGAUCGUCGUCGGCACUUGGUGGUACCGGUCGAUCCGUUACAGUGGCGAUAAGGUGCUGCUGGAUACGACGAACAUGUACUGGUACUUUUUCCACAAAACGCCCCACAUGGCGGUGAAGCGCGUGAUCAUGAUACUGGCGGCUAGUUUUGAGUUUGAGAAGCGUCACAACAAUCAGGUGAUCGAGCGGCCGUCGGACAAUGUGGAGGUUCCGGCGCUGAUUCGUGAGCUGCCUUAUUUGAACGAGAAAUGCAAGGAAUUGCCGUUUGCGAGGAGCUACUCGCUGAAGGCACGUGCGAUUUUGCACGCGCAUCUGUCACGGAUCGCGCUGAAUCCGGCCACGUUGGAGAUUGAUCGUCAGCUGAUCGUACGCAAGUGUCCCUAUCUGAUCCAGGAGAUGGUGAGCUGUGUCAGCCAUCUGAUUAUGUUGGCUUAUGCGAGAAAGAUUCAGCGUCUUCCGGCGAUUGAAACGAUCGAAAACUGUAUGAAGCUGUCGCCGAUGGUUAUCCAGGGUCUGCGCGAAUCGGAACACCCGCUGAUGCAGCUACCCCACAUGACGAAGGAACUGCGCGCCCACCUGGCCCGUCGAUUCAACACGCGCAAUCUGCAACAGUUGGCCCAGCUGAAGCCGGAACAGCGACGAUCCGCCCUGCGCAGUCUGAACGACGAACAGUACAGCAACGCGGUGAAGGUGCUCGGCCAUCUUCCGCUCAUUGAUUUCAGCAUCAAGUGCGAGGUGGUGGAUGAUGAGAACUCUAACGUGGUAACGGCCGGUGCGAUCGUCACGGUGACGGUGGAGCUGGUGCGACGCAGCAUGUCGGAAUUGUUUGGUGACACAACCGCAAAGGAAAAGCAAGGAAUUACGGAAAGCACCGAAAACGGAGACACCGGCGAUGGCGACGCGGACGGUGAACUGGAAGCGACCGACGAUCAGAAGCAGGAUGUGAAGGUGAAAAAACCGCCCGGCUGGCAACCAAAAUCCGCCAAGGGACACAAGGGCAAAGCUAAGGCGGCCGGUGCUAAACCACACAACCGGAAGCUGGCAGCAGCGGCCGCGGCGGCUGCGGCGGCUAGUGCGGCUGCUGCUGCGGCGGCGGCAGCGGCUGCGGCAACUGCAGCAUCUGCCGAUUCAACGACCCCACAGGCCACGGCCACGGGUGAGAAGACAAAGUCUGGUAAGAGUGGUGAGAAGAAAUCAGCAGGCGGCGGCGGUGAGGAGGACGAUUCUGCGGACGGAGACAGUGGCGCGGAAAGCGACAAUGAUGCCAGCGAGGCACCAGCGGACGAUGAUGACGAGUGGGAAAAGUUCCAGCAGAAGAUAAACAAACGAGAAAAGCUGGAAGGUCGAUCGAAGGUGUCCCAUCCCGUUCACUGUCCACUGUUUCCUGAGGAAAAGCAUGAAUACUGGUGGACGUACAUCUGUGACCGGAAGUCACACACGCUCCUAACCGUGCCGUACCACGUGACGAAUCUGAUCCAUCGCGAAGAGGUUCAGCUGAAGUUUACCGCACCGAAGUGGGCCGGCAUGUACGUGUUUACCGUGUGUCUCCGUUCCGAUUCGUACAUCGGCAUGGACCAGCAGCUCGAUCUGAAGCUGGACGUGAAGGAUCCGGCCGCCAUCCCGACGGAACACCCGCAGUGGGACAUUAGCGAGUCGGAAUCGGACCACAACGAGAUGCAGGCGAACGAUAGCGAAUUCACCACCGACUCAUCGGACGGCGAGGAUGAGGAAUCGCGAAAACGAACGGACUGAGCGCGCGGUCGGCGGCGUGGUAGUUUUCCGUUGCUUUCUUCGUCUGGUUAAGGGUGGCAGGGACACUGAGACGAACACAGGGACACACACACACACACACACAGACACACACAGGACACAGAGAGACAGUAGUAGUAACACUUUCUCGUUCUCGUCAGGAAACGGGUCAAAAAGCUCGCGCGACAUUCAUCAACUCCUUUACACGUGACGUUAGUUAAGGUGCCUCUCCCCAUCUCCCCAUUUUCUACUGCUAACCGUUCUUUGUUUUUACCAAACUACAAAAUAUUGUCCUGUACAACUGAAGCUCUUAAAAGUUUCAAAAACGGGAGCGAGUGUAUGCUCCGUUGCUACUACUCUGGGGGAAGGUGGACUGAUGCAAGUGGAGGAAGCAGAAAACGAGGAAUUGUGGGCAAGUUAGAGAGUGAGUGAGUGCGAGGGCAGAAAUGGAUACAAUAUUGCAAAAGGAAAAUGGGAAAAGAUUGUUUAUAUUUGUGUUCCUGUGGAAUAAUGUGGUACGGUGAAAUAAUGGCACCCUUUGGGUAGAAUAAUUAGAGAGAGAGAGAGAGAGAGAGAGAGAGAGAGAGAGAGAGAGAUA